ACACCCUGCUUGGUUUUCAUUGGUUACUGGCCAACUUUCGUCAAGGAACUCAGGAAAGUGUUUUGAUUCGAUAGAGGAGUUGAGCUUUGGACAGUGUCUAUACAGUGUGACACUGUUUUCUAUAUAAUCGGAAGUAAAUAAAAUACUAUAUUUACAGUUGUAUUCUGUAAAAAUGGUCGGGGUAAAAGUAAUCGGGAAUGAUUCAGAAUUUCAACCUGAGUUAACAGCCGCCGGUUCGAGACUUGCCGUAGUGAAGUUCACAAUGGCAGGGUGUCGACCCUGUGUCAGAAUAUCCCCUGCUUUCAACAUGUUGAGUAACAAGUACCCACACGUGGUUUUCCUUGAAGUCGAUGUACACGUCUGUCAGGCAACGGCUGCCGCCAACAACAUCUCUGCCACGCCGACGUUUUUGUUUUUCCGUAACAAAGUGCGCGUCGACCUGUAUCAGGGUGCAGAUGCCUCAGGACUAGAGGAGAAGAUCAAGCAGCAUGUAGAAAACGACCCUGGAAGCAACGAGGACUCAGACAUUCCCAAGGGAUAUAUGGACCUGAUGCCGUUUGUGAACAAAGCUGGCUGCGAGUGCCUAAACGAGAGCGACGAGAGCGGCUUUGACAACUGCUUAGUCAAGGACACCACCUACCUGGAGUCUGACUGCGAUGAGCAGCUCCUCGUUACGAUGGCCUUUAACCAACCUGUCAAGCUGUACUCCAUGAAGCUGCAGACCUCUGACUUCGCCCAGGCACCAAAGUGUGUGAAGAUCUUCAUUAACCUUCCUCGCUCCAUGGACUUUGACGAUGCUGAGCGGAGCGAGGCCACCCAGACCCUGGACCUGGCCGAGGAGGACUUCAAGGACGACGGGUUGAUUCCGCUGAGAUAUGUCAAGUUCCAGAACGUUCAGAGCGUCACCAUGUUUGUGAAGAACAAUCAAGGGGAUGAAGAGACGACUAAAAUAAAUUACCUUACUUUUAUUGGGACCCCUGUACAAGCAACAAACAUGAAUGACUUCAAAAGGGUUGUGGGCAAGAAAGGAGAGAGUCACUGAGACGGAGGAGAGGAGAAGAAUGGCCAUAUUGCUGUGGUGAUCGCUGUCUGUCUGCCAAGGCUGCUGGAUGGGUCCGGUUCAGAGUCAGCUCUACUGUAAUACAGCACUGACCAACAACCAUGUGUCCCAAAUGGCAACAUAUUCCCUUUCAUAGUGCACUGCCUUUGGACCCUUUUUAUAGUACAAUACUUAUUUUUGGACCUGGUAUCCCAUCUUGAAGUUAGGGCUUUGAUUCGGGAUCCAAAGACAUGUCUGAGAUCUAAAGUAGUGCACUAUAUAGGGAAUAGGGUUCUACAGGGCUCUGGUCUAAAGUAGUGCACUAUAUAAGGAAUAGGGUUCUAUACGGUCCUGGUCUAAAGUAGUGCACUAUAUAGGGAAUAGGGUUCUAUAGGGUCCUGGUCUAAAGUAGUGCACUAUAUAGGGAAUAGGGUUCUAUAGGGUCCUGGUCUAAAGUAGUGCACUGUAUAGGGAAUAGGGUUCUAUAGGGCUCUGGUCUAAAGUAGUGCACUGUAUAGGGAAUAUGGUUCUAUAGGGUCCUGGUCUAAAGUAGUGCACUAUAUAGGGAAUAGGGUUCUAUAGGGCUCUGGUCUAAAGUAGUGCACUAUAUAGGGAAUAGGGUUCUAUAGGGCUCUGGUCUAAAGUAGUGCACUAUAUAGGGAAUAGGGUUCUAUAGGAUCCUGGUCUAAAGUAGUGCACUAUAUAGGGAAUAGGGUUCUAUAGGAUCCUGGUCUAAAGUAGUACACUAUAUAGGGAAUAGGGUUCUAUAGGAUCCUGGUCUAAAGUAGUGCACUAUAUAGGGAAUAGGGUUCUAUAGGAUCCUGGUCUAAAGUAGUGCACUAUAUAGGGAAUAGGGUUCUAUAGGAUCCUGGUCUAAAGUAGUGCACUAUAUAGGGAAUAGGGUUCUAUAGGAUCCUGGUCUAAAGUAGUGCACUAUAUAGGGAAUAGGGGGCCGUUUUGGAUGUGAAGUCUAUGAGCUGUCGUCCUUGUCCGCCAGUGAAAUCACCAAGAUGAGGCAUCUCAAACAAUUCAUUCAAGCAUUUUUAUUGUAAUUCAGACAAACACUGUAAAUAAAAACACAAACAAAAAGGCA